CUGGACUUUAUUGUCGACUAAGUAUGUCGAAAAAGCAAAUAUAUUAUUCUGAUAAAUAUACCGAUGACGAUUUUGAGUACAGGCAUGUGGUACUUCCAAAGCAGCUGGCGAAACUGGUGCCUACAUCCCAUCUGAUGACAGAGGAGGAAUGGAGGGGACUCGGAGUGCAGCAGAGCCCGGGCUGGAUGCACUACAUGGUACACAAGCCAGAGCCACACAUACUGCUUUUUAGAAGACCCCUCCCCAAGGAUUUAAAGGAAUGAAGCUCCCGUAUUUUACAGCCACUAUCUCCUGGAUUGUCAUUGUCUUUGGACAGUUUACACACUACAGUCUAUAUCUUUUGUCCUAAUUUAUAGUGUUGCAAUCCUCUAGUUUAUUGAUAUUUCAGUCACCUCAGUUUUUAUGAGGUAAUGACAAACUUUAUUUUACUGUUCUUCCAAAUUGCUGAUUGCAACUGAUUGCAGUUAGUGAGUUGCUUUUAAAAAUGCAAUCAUUUUGUUGUUAUCAAAAUGGUUUAAAUGCAUUGUUUUAUUUUUUCUCAACCCCAGCAUUUUUCAAGUAUGUUUUAAUGUUUUUUGUUGAUAUUUCUGUAUAUGUACAUAUAUGCAUUCAUUUAUUUUGUAGAUAUUUUGAUCAGGGUCAUGUAAGGCCUCUACUGAAAAAAAAUAAAUGUACUUUGUACAUUAAAAUUACUUGCUGUUUUCAAUCAGGUAAAUGUAUGACGAGUGGUGUGAUGAAUUCAGAGUGCCUCAUGCCUAAGGAGUAUGCAGGAGCCCGGGCUUUGUGGACUGUCACAGUUUCUGGGUUAUAUGUUCCAGGACCUGGUUUCCUGGUGUGAUCCUUUGGUAAAGUGUGACGCCCCAGAAUAGAAAAUGCUGGCUGACGAGGCAGGUAAACAUUUGGAUCUGUGCUGUUGUACCCACAUGGUCCUGGGGUCUUUGCCAGGUCCACAGCUGGUCCUCCAGAGGGAUAAGUUGCAGACAUGGUAUAACAUGCGCUGGCUGGCUUGUUUGGAACUUGGGGGCCCAUAAGUGGCGGUAGGCAGUACUUAUUAGGGGCAGGUACUGCAUCCACAGUGCGGUACAGUGUGCGAGAGCCCAUGGUGUAGUGAGGGGGGCGGCGCUGAAGGUUACAUGGUGGGACUUUUUCAGGGCUGUAUGUGCCUGGGCCUGGGGUCUGCAGAAGGUCCUCUGUUAUGUAUAACAUAAUCAUUUUGUAGUUUAAUUAUUAUUAUCAGUUGUAGUAACUGCAAUAACAAUCAAAAUUUCACUUACUUUGGGCUUUCAUUCUGCUGAACAUUGAAAAUGCAGGUGUUCCAUCUUUCCCAAAUCUAGUCAUUUUGGCACUGAUAUGAUACAUGGGCCCAGGACUAGAGUCAACGGAGUACACUAAAAAAAAAGAAAAAAACAAUCACUUUAAUGUGACUAUAAGUUUGAGAUAAUUGGGGCUAUAUCUCCCCCUGCUGUUGAAAAGUUGACAUUACAAUGUGAAAGUCUUGAUGCAUGUAAUGUUCAUAUAUUAGAUAUUAAUAACUGGUUAGCUUACUAUUGCUACUCAUUCGACCAUGGAAGGAAUAUGCUGGACUUGUUGGUUUCGUAAAGUCAUGACCAAUAAAUCCAAUGGUGGGAGGAAGCCCAUAAUGACCAGGCCCUGGUCCUACAAAUUAAAUAAAUUACACCUUAAUAGACUUCACAAAAGCAUGCAUUAAGACCAUUUAUUAAGACAAAAUUCCUACCUUUUUCUUUUCCUGCAAUUGGUGGAUAAUUCUUCUCCAUCUCUAGAGCACCUUUUAUCUUAUUACAAACUUGAAUUUUUGUGUAGUCAUUCAAUAUUUUCUCUGGGUUGCUGCAUUGUAAGUCGACAGUUCAAUACUGACAGUAGUGACCAGUGUAUAUAUCCCUAAUUCUUCCAAAAUCCAUCCAAAUGCCAGCUGCCCCGUUUUUAUCCAGACUCUCCAGUGCCUGUCACUGAUGAGUGAAUGGCCCGUCCACCACAGAGCUGCAUGUAAAGGCGCACUCAGCUGCUUCCAAAGAACAAUGUCAUCACUCGGAUUCACUCUCAUGUAAUGCUAGCUCCCCCACAGUAAAGCCAUGAAACCAAGAUCCCCCUCUGCCAGCUUUCUCUUUUCACUCUUUCUGCUCAUUGCAGUGUGGAGAAGCAAUAUCACUCUUCAACCAUGCAUUAAGUUACCAGGGAGACUAAUGCAGACAGUUAGGUAUUGACCUUUUGAUAAAGACUCAGUUUAGUUAGAUGUUCUAGUGCUAGCACACACAUUUUUAACAAUAAUGCCAGGACUUCUUCAGCUAUUAAAUUUAGUCAGUUAAAUAGUAAGUUACUUUCUACACUGAUUUUGCUGAUUUAAGGGUGCACCACGUCUCUUUCCUGGUAGAAGUUCCACCACCUGCUGGUCUUCAUGGAGGUGUUAUUGAUUAGCCUGGUUUCACAGUGCAGAAUAAAGCUUGUAUAACUCCUCUGGGAAAAGCAGUUGAUGCCACCGGGCCAGGUUAGUGGUCAAAUCUGUGGAGAGGAGACCCCACUCACAGAAAGAAUGCAUGUUUUCACAUUAUGUUUCUAGCAAUAAAACACCUAUAAUUGAAUAAAAUUAAGAUUAGUUCAAUACCAUACUGUGGAACAUUCCAGACAAACCAAGAACGUCUCCAUGGAGACCAGCAGACAACAGAAAAGUUACACCUUUAAUUGGUGAAAAUAGAGACUGAUGUUUAUUUUCCAUAUUUCGUGAAUGCUAUUAAUAUCACAUAGAUGCCGGGUCAGUCCCAGUUCAGCACAUGUGAAGCAGACACGGCCUCCUUUUUUAUCUUGAGUUGUUGAUGUGUUUCAUGAAUUGCAGCUGAAACACACUUCUGGAAGUGAGAGCACACACACUCUCUCAGAUGUUGUUACACUAUUUUCAGGUCUCUUUGAUCUGCUCUAAUGCAAAUGAUGAUUUGUACUGGCAAUUUAUGAGCCUGCUCUGCCAGGGGCCACAGUUGAGCUGAGAUGGAUGACAAGUGACAUGAGCAGAAAAACAAACAUUAAACUUUAACAGAGGCGAACCCACUCACAGCCGCUGCUUUGGUAACCGGAAUCUGUUGUUAGCAGUGAACAAACACAACACAGCACACACGUCCAAUGGUUUGAGAUGUAUUUGCCUAUACACGUUUUAUGUCUCUCCCUAAAACACGGUAGGGGUCAGAGAGAAGCAUGUAUCAAAGCACAUGGCCUUAUUAAGAAACAUGCUUAUUACACUGGCAGUGGCUGACAGGAAACUAUCUCCAGACAUAACUUGCCUUAGAAAGGAAAUGGAGCCACACAGCAUUCAUAAACAACUGCAGUAUGCCCCCCUUUCUCUCUGCGUUGCUCUGAUAUGGUACUAAACCUUGGCUAGACAAAUAAUAUUCAGAAAUGUACACUUUUUACUUUUUAUUGUUAUUUGAUUAAAGG